UUGGGUUCUGUUUAAUAGGCUACGUGCGUUUUAUCUUGCUGUCACAGAUGUCUCUUGCCCUGGCUGACAGGGCUAUCGGAGCAAUCAUUGGAUCAGCUGUUGCCGAUGCUGCAGCACAACCGCUCCAUUGGGUCUAUGACCUGCAGAAGCUGAGCGUGUUGCUCUCUCAAAGUCCUGAGCCUGAAUUCCGCCCUGAGUCUGCAAACCCAUUCUACAGGAGGAACACUGGACAGCAGAGCUGCUAUGGAGAUCAAGCAUUCGUCCUCCUGGAGUCCCUGUCUGAGUGUGAAGGUCUGAAUGUGGAAGAUUUGAAGCAGCGCACCUACAAAUUCUUUGGACCUGGAUCUGAAUAUGACACACCAGUCAAUGAUCCUUACAGUGACAAAGGAGAAUGGAAGUAUCAGUGUUCAAUUUCUUUUUUCUUCAGGUUCUUGGAGCAUUUCAUCCUGAAUGGUCCUGAUCCCAAGGCCUUGGAUGCAGUGCUGAAACAGCUCAAUGACCCAAACAGAAAAAACCCUCAGGAGUUGGACAAAGCUAUAAUUGGACACAUUCAUCAAGUAAAGGACAAUCUGAGCAAGAAACCCAAAGAGCUCAUUCCCACUGUGUUUCCAAAUACUUGAGGUUUGCCAGGUGCAUUCCAGGCAGCACUGCAUGGGGUUCUGACAGCCAGUGGCUAUGAGCAGGCUAUUCGGGACACUAUGAGCUGCGGUGGAUGCACCUGUAGCAGGAGCUCCUUCAUCGGCGCCUGCAUUGGCGCUCAGGUUGGACUUGAAGGAAUCCCAAGUUCCUGGAAAAGCAAGACUUUGCGAUACAACACUUUGUUGGUUCUCGCAAAGAAAGUUGUUACUCUCCAACAGCUUUAAACUUUUUAGUAUGCAAAGUAAAUAAGUGGAUGAUAACUGGAUAUAAUUAUGUAAUCACCCAAGUUCUUCUGAGUUUUCAUGGCUGUUGUGAUUUUGAUGAUACAAUUAAUGAACGUUUUAGCUUGAAAUAUUAUGAAGUUAAAACUUGAUACCUUUGUUUUAUUAAAUCACAACAUGGCAUGCAGAAAUUGACAUACACUGUGGCAUUAAACUCAUGUUCAGUGAACACA